UGCAGCAGAGCCACAAGCAAGCUCUGUCUCUGUUUGCCUCAUCAGCUGCUGCAGCACCAGUCCAAACAUCAGAUUUAAAGACUCUCUGUGCCUUUCUAUUUCUACUCAGCUGCACAGAUGACCAGAUGAGGACUAAAAGGGAGUUAAAUAUCCUCUAAAUCUUUGCUGUUUCUCUUCUGUUUCCUAAUGCCCACGGUAGUGUGGACGGGGCAAGAGGAGGAUGGGUCCGGCUGUGGAGGCUCAGACCCAGAAGGCCAUGGAUGCAGAACAAAAGCAACAGCAGCAGCAGAACCAGCUGCAGCACCAACAGUGCUACAUGGAGAAAGGGGUGAUGCUUGAGCCCUUUAUACACCAAGUGGGGGGCCAUUGCUGCGUCCUGCGCUUUGGGGAGCAAACCAUCUGCAAGCCCCUGGUUCCCCGGGAGCAUCAGUUCUACAAGACUCUGCCUGCUUCAAUAAGGAGGUUUACCCCCCAGUAUAGAGGUGUGGUGUCAGUGAGCUUCGAAGAGGAUGAAGAGGGUAACCUUUGCCUCAUCGCCUACCCCCUCAGGAGUGAUCCAGCCUCAGACUUGGAGAACCAGGACCCCUCGAUCGACUUUGAGCCCAAAAGUGGCAAAAUGAUUUCCUCCUCUUUGCUGGUGGACAGUGAAAAUUUCAGCAAAGAUUGCCGAAGUCGCCACUCUCGCAAAGACAAAGACAAAAGUGUUCACAAGCUGCAGGGGGAUGUGGGACUGGAGUGGCUAAGGCAGGCCGAAGUCCUUUACUAUAGACUGGAGCGCAGUCAUAGCGAUGCCGUGCCACAGCUCAAACACAAUCCCUGGAGUCUCAGCUGUCAACAGCAGCACCUGCAGAGGAUGAAAGAAAACUCCAAGCACCGCAAUCAGUACAAGUUCAUCCUGCUAGAGAACUUGACGUGGCGGCACACGCUGCCGUGUGUGUUAGAUCUGAAGAUGGGCACACAGCAACAUGGAGAUGAUGCCACAGAAGAGAAGAAGGCCAAGAAGAUCAGCAGGUGCCAGCAGAGUACGGCAUCCUCACUUGGAGUCUGCCUCUCUGGGAUGCAGGUGUACCAGUCCGACACAGGCCAGCUGAUGUUCAUGAGCAAGUUCCACGGCCGCAGACUGACACGACAGGACUUCAAAGAGGCUCUGUUCCAGUUCUUCCACAGUGGACGGCGUCUACGACAUGAACUCCUCUCCCCGGUGCUGCACAGGCUCAGAGACAUGCAAGCUGCUCUGCAAACCUGUGAAUCCUACCGCUUCUACUCCAGCUCUCUGCUCAUCAUCUACGACGGAGCCCAUCAAAAGCACACACGCCAACACAAUGAGGACAGCCUCUCUGAAGAGGAAGAGGAGGAAGAUGAGGACGAGGUGGAGGCAGAACCAGAAAAGGAAGAAGAAGAGGAGGAGGAAGAAGAGGAGGUGGAGGGUGUAGCAGAUGCACUUGGUUUUCCUCACAGCCCUUCGACAUCCAGCGAUUGCAGCAGCAGCAGCAGUAGCGGGAGCACUUGUGUCAGCAAGAGUCGCUUGUCUCGCCCUGCCCCCCGCAGCCCUGAAGUGGAUGUGAGGAUGAUUGACUUUGCCCACACCACCUGCAAAUACUACCAAGAGGACAGAGUGGUGCAUGAAGGACUGGACAGUGGCUACAUGUUUGGUCUCCAGAGCCUGAUCACCAUCAUCUCUGAGCUGGAGAACCACAGCACAGACUAAAAACUGACAUGACUCAUUCAAACUCAGACUAAGAUGCACAAUAACACAGACACACCUCUGCAAGAAAAGCAGACGACUGGACUACAAAAGCGGAGAGACACUUCCUGUCUCCAUUUCAAAAUAAGACCUUGUUGUAGCUGGCCAUCUAGUGGACCCUGUUCCUGUUUUGGUGCUUCUUGAUGUUACCGUCUUGUGCGUCCAUCUUUGGGAUAUGAAACAGUCCUGCACUAAAUAGACGAGCCGUCCAUGUGACUGAUGCAGUGAUGUACCAUCAUCAUCAUCAUUCUGUUUAACCAUUAGGACAAAAAGGGUAGACAGCAAAUACAAACAGUGUGAAGCCAGAGAUAGAAGAGAUGUUUUCUUUGUCUGAUUCCAAAGAAAGAGUCAGCAUUUUGCACACGCACACACGCAACGAGACAAGCUCACACUUGUAGUGUAAGUGUGUGUCACCACUGGGACAGGGCUUUUUGAGAGACAGAUUUGUAUGUGUGUGAAGACGGUGAGCUACAGUCUGUUCAUUUUUCAUUCAGAGGCUAUAUUCAUAUAGGAAUAAGACAGAUGUGUAGAGUUAUUUUUUAUUUGACAUGUUUCAUACAGUAAACUAAAAAAUGGGAAUGGGCAGUGUUACAUUCCAUGUUAUUAAUGUUAUAAAAAUGAUAUUAAUAUUGUUAUUUGACAUGUUUGGAUACCUCUAUCUUGUAUGUUUGUGUUGUCCAGUCUUUCGGGAAAGAAAUUAAAGA